AUGGCGGAUCCCUGGUCGCUGAAAGAAGAACCUCUUUCGCCGCAUCAGGCUGCUUCCCACCUGCAUCUAGACUUCACGAAGGGGAACCACAAUGGAAACCUUCAAAAUGCUCUCCCUCGCCCAGCUUACAAAUUCUCCACCGCACCGCAAGCGAAGGCACUACAACUACUAGCAGCCUUUGCUGCAAUCUCAGUUGUCGCAUUCUUUGCCUAUAUUUGCAGCACGUAUAUUAGAAGAAGAAUAUCCCCUCAGUCAAUCGGGCGCAAACUGGCUGCCGGCGAGGACGGCGAAAAAAACGACAAGCCAGAAUCGUGCAACCCAGCACCUGAAGAUCCUUACUCAACAGUGAAUCCAGGUUCACAUGCGUCUUCUCCCGCCGAGCCCGAGCAACCCGAGUUGGCUACGCCCCCGUCGGCGCCAACAACCGAUCCGGCUUCCACCGCACAGAUUCCGGCUCCAGCGAUACCACAGCUAGGCACAGGUGGAGAACAGAGGGGUGUUAAGAGAAAGGCAAGGGAUGAUGCCAGUGGGGAUAGAGAGGCGAAGGCGCCCAUGCUGGGUGCGUUGGAACAUAUGACUGUGGCGGAACUGUUAUCAGAGUCCCAGCGUGCAGUUGCCGGUUUCCCUACUAGUCUUGCUGCGCUCGAAAGCGAAGGUGAGUUAUGCGAAGAAGUUUAG